CAGGACCGGCUCCAGUGCUGUGCAGGGCCCGGUGGAGCCAGAGACCUGCGCGGCCCUCGGAGACGCUGGCCACCCGGAGCCUCGGCGUCAGCGUCCCGCAAUGGGGCGAUGCUAUGGAAUAUGAUGAGAAGCUGGCCCGGUUCCGGCAGGCCCACCUCAACCCUUUCAACAAGCAGCUCAGGCCGCGGCAGCAUGAGCAGGGGCCUCGUGAGGAGGUCUUGGACGUUGCUUCUGAAGAGACCCUGCCUGAGCUGCCCCUGGGGGAGCCGGAGUUCCGCUGCACUGAGCGCGUGAUGGACCUAGGGCUGUCUGAAGACCACUUUUCCCGGCCUGUGGGUCUGUUCCUGGCUUCUGACAUCCAGCAGCUGCGGCAGGCCAUUGAGGAGUGCAAGCAGCUGAUUCUGGAGCUGCCUGAGCAGUCGGAGCAGCAGAAGGAUGCCGUGGUGCGGCUCAUCCACCUCCGGCUGAAGCUGCAGGAGCUGAAGGACCCCAAUGAGGACGAGCCCAACAUCCGAGUCCUCCUCCAGCACCGUUUCUACAAGGAGAAGAGCAAGAGUGUCAAGCAAACCUGCGACAAGUGCAACACCAUCAUCUGGGGGCUCAUCCAGACCUGGUACACCUGCACAGGGUGUUGCUACCGGUGUCACAGCAAGUGCUUGAACCUCAUCUCCAAGCCCUGUGUGAGCUCCAAAGUCAGCCACCAAGCUGAGUACGAGCUGAACAUCUGCCCUGAGACAGGGCUGGACAGCCAGGAUUACCGCUGUGCCGAGUGCCGGGCACCCAUCUCUCUGCGGGGUGUGCCCAGUGAGGCGCGGCAGUGCGACUACACCGGCCAGUACUACUGCAGCCACUGCCACUGGAAUGACCUGGCCGUCAUCCCUGCACGGGUCGUGCACAACUGGGACUUCGAGCCCCGCAAGGUGUCUCGCUGCAGCAUGCGCUACCUGGCACUCAUGGUGUCCCGGCCGGUGCUCAGGCUCCGGGAGAUCAACCCUCUGCUGUUCAGUUAUGUGGAGGAGCUGGUGGAGAUCCGGCACCUCCAGGGGAUCCGAUUCCAGCAGCUGCUUGUGCAGAGACUGAACUCAUCGUUUUCCCAGCGGCUGUGUUCAAGACCACCCAAAGAGACUGGUGAACCACAGAAUGCUGGGCCUGGACAAGAUGGAAGGAAGAGAAGAGGGAAGCAGGAUGACUCUGCCUGGUGGAAACGGAUGCAGAAGGGAGAGUUCCCGUCGGAUGACAAGGACUUCCGCAGUUUGGCCAUUUUAGGGGCAGGUGUUGCUGUGGGCUUUUUCUACUUUUAUUUUCGAGAGCCUGGAAAAGAAAUCACCUGGAAGCACUUUGUGCAGUAUUACCUGGCCAGAGGUCUGGUGGACCGGCUAGAAGUCGUGAACAAGCAGUUUGUGCGAGUUAUUCCUGCCCCUGGGACAUCUUCAGAGAAGUUCGUGUGGUUUAACAUUGGCAGUGUGGACACCUUUGAACGGAACCUGGAGUCUGCUCAGUGGGAGCUGGGGAUUGAGCCCACCCAGCAGGCAGCAGUGGUGUACACCACCGAGAGUGAUGGCUCUUUUUUGCGAAGCCUGGUGCCCACCCUUCUCUUGAUUGGCAUCCUCCUCUAUGCCUUGCGGAGGGGCCCGAUGGGUGCUGGGCGCAGCCAGCGAGGAAGGGGCCUCUUCAGCGUGGGUGAGACAACAGCCAGGAUCAUGAAGGACAACAUUGGUGUGCGAUUUGCAGAUGUAGCUGGCUGCGAAGAAGCAAAAUUGGAGAUUAUGGAGUUUGUGAAUUUCCUGAAGAAUCCCAAGCAGUAUCAGGACUUAGGAGCCAAAAUUCCAAAGGGAGCAAUGCUUACUGGUCCUCCUGGUACUGGCAAAACACUUCUUGCCAAAGCAACUGCAGGGGAAGCCAGUGUGCCCUUCAUCACUGUGAACGGGUCAGAGUUCCUGGAAAUGUUUGUCGGCGUUGGCCCAGCGAGGGUGCGUGACAUGUUCGCAAUGGCCCGGAGAAACGCUCCUUGUAUCUUAUUCAUCGAUGAGAUUGAUGCAGUUGGUAGGAAGCGGGGCCGUGGGCACUUUGGAGGCCAGAGUGAGCAGGAGAACACCUUGAACCAGAUUCUUGUGGAAAUGGAUGGGUUCAACUCCACCACCAAUGUUGUUGUGUUGGCCGGCACCAACCGCCCUGACAUCCUUGACCCAGCGUUGAUGCGGCCAGGCCGAUUUGACCGUCAGAUUUACCUUGGACCCCCUGACAUCAAAGGCAGGUCCUCCAUCUUCAAGGUCCAUCUGCGUCCACUCAAGUUGGAAGAGAGCCUCAGGAAGGACACCCUGGCAAGGAAGCUGGCGGCGCUCACUCCGGGCUUCACUGGUGCUGAUAUUUCUAACGUGUGCAAUGAAGCAGCUCUGAUCGCCGCCCGCCACCUGAGUCCUUGUGUUCAGGAGAAGCACUUUGAGCAGGCCAUCGAGAGGAUCAUUGGAGGCCUUGAGAAGAAGACCCAGGUCCUGCAGCCCAGUGAAAAGGCAACCGUGGCCUACCAUGAGGCCGGGCACGCUGUGGUGGGCUGGUUUCUGGAGCACACAGACCCCCUGCUAAAGGUGUCCAUCAUCCCCCGAGGCAAGGGGCUCGGCUAUGCCCAGUACCUGCCACGGGAACAGUACCUGUACACACGGGAGCAGCUGUUUGAUCGUAUGUGCAUGAUGCUGGGUGGCAGGGUGGCCGAGCAGCUGUUUUUUGGGAGGAUCACCACAGGGGCACAGGAUGACCUAAGGAAGGUCACACAGAGUGCCUACGCACAGAUUGUGCAGUUUGGGAUGAGUGAGAAGCUGGGCCAGGUGUCUUUUGACUUCCCCCGACAAGGCGAAACCCUGGUGGAGAAGCCCUAUAGUGAGGCAACUGCCCAGCUCAUCGACGAGGAGGUUCGGCACCUCAUCAGCUCCGCCUACGAGCGGACCCUGGAGUUGCUGACCCGGUGCCGGGACCAGGUGGAGAAGGUGGGCAAGCGGCUCCUGGAGAAGGAGGUGCUGGACAAGGCCGACAUGGUGGAGCUCCUGGGCCCCCGACCCUUCGCGGAGACGUCCACGUACGAGGAGCUUGUCGAGGGCACUGGCAGCCUAGAAGAGGACACGUCCCUUCCUGAGGGGCUGAAGGGCUGGAACCGUGUACAGGGGGAGGGGGUCCCUGAGCAGCACAUGCAGGAAAGCCCCUUGUAGCUGUGUACAGACCUGGCUGUGACCUUGGGUGACUGCUGCUGACUCUGAGCCUCUGCCGAGUGGCUUCCAGAAUCACAGGGACACAUGAAAACACCUGGUAACCCCAAGUGGGCCUUGGGUAAGAACCCUGAGAAGCCCCAGAGAGGUGGCAGGGGGAGUGUCCCGAGUCUGGACCGGGACCAGUGGGGAGAGGCCGCAGGGCUGCAGCCCAGCCUUUGCACCCUCCUGGGAGCCCUGAGCAAAGGAUCCAGCCUCAGGCACUUCUGGCGGAGAUAGGACACGAGUGUCCGAGUGAGCCUGCCUCUUGAGAAGUGUCAAUGUGGGUCAUCUUAAAGUCACUCAGAAGACGAGCCUCGACCCAGUGCAGAGUCCCCGACGUUAGAAUUAAGAGGAGAAAUCUGAGCUGGUUAUGAAGGGAAGGUCAGGGUGUGAGCCAGGGGAGUAGGAGGCCCGUAUGUCCUCACGAAGGAAGCCAACCACCACCCACAGGUGUGUGGCUGAGGGAAGGUUGGUGGGAUCUUGGGGGUCCCUCACCCAGCAAGGUCUCCCUCCUGUGGCAGGUCUGCUGUGAGUGUGAGAGAAACUUGGGGUGGGCGCCUUUCUGACUGGCAUGAGUCAAUCUGAGUGCCGUGGCUCGGUAACCUUCCUUCCUUGUGAUUCGUUUGUUAGCGUCACAGAGAGGCAAGUCUGGACUGAGCCCCCACUGCCCCACUUGGCUCUGUGGGGCCGUCUGCAGGUGCCCCAGUGCUUCCUCUGGCCAUAGCACCUGUUGAUCAGCCAUCUUCCUCGUGUCGGAUAGCUCCUGAAUAAAGGGAAGGCCAGUUCUGGGUUGUGAACUCCAUGCCUUUCAGGUGCCUUGAACUGAGACAGCCUUGACUUUUUCUUUUUGGUGAGUGUGGUGUGGACCCAGUGCUGCAGAUGUGGUGAAAACAUCCCCGUGUGCCCUGCAAGCACGUGAGCCUGCCUCCUGGAUUCGUUGCAAGCACAGUGGUCCCAGGGCCAUGAACCGGCAGCUGUACCAGCCCCGCGCCACCUUGGGGUGGGUCCAUGAUGUCUGGGGUCACAUGGUGAAGCUCAUGACCCUGGGGAAGAGGUGGGGUCACUGCCCCUAA